AUGGCCAACCACGAUCCCAUCGCUGCUUCGGGAAAAAGUAAUGCGGCACAUAUACGGCAAGAUGCUGGAUCGGGAUCAUCAGUGUCAGAUGAACAUGAGCAACUCAUUCUGAAAAAUGCGCGUCGAAAAGUAGACAAGCGACUUCUUAUUUGGUAUUCGUUUGUCUACCUCAUCAUGCGCAUUCAUGUUUCGAACAUCACCAAUACGGCCAUCAUCAAUAUCGAGCAAGGGACCGGCAUCAAAAAGCAGCUAGGUAACCUUACGAGCCAGCAAUGGGCUUGGGCUCUGAGUGUUUUCUACUACCCAUAUCUAGCAUUCGAGCCUCUCGCUACGCUCAUGCUUAAGAAAUUCUCUCCGUCUGUCUGGAUGAGUCGUAUUAUGUUGACAUGGGGAAUUAUUUCCAUGUGUCAAAGUGCCACUCAAAACUAUGCUGGUAUUCUGGCAUGUCGAUUCUUUCUUGGUUUAGCAGAAGCCGGGUUUUACCCGGGUGUAUUGUACCAUUUGAGCUUCUGGUAUCCAACUCAUAAACUACCACUGCGCAUUGCCUUCUUCUAUGCAUGCGGCAUGUUCUCCGGUACUGUCAGUGGUCUGUUAGCAUACGCCAUAUCAUUUAUGAAUGGAGCAGGAGGUUUAGCUGGGUGGCGAUGGGUCUUCAUUUUGGAAGGCAUUCCAGCAAUACUAUGCUCUUUCUACACGUUUUUCUUCUUGCCAAACUACCCGCAAACCGAGAAAUUCGUCACAGAGGAAGAGAGAGCCCUCAUAAUUGCAGAUCUGCCAUCUGCUGCUCCAACGAUGGGCGCCAAAACAUUCAACAUCGCGCAAUUCAAGGAACUUGUUCUACAUCCAACUUUCGUGCCCUUCCUUCUUAUCUGGAUCACUCACGGCAUUGGUGGUUGGGGAAUAUCCUUCGUUCUACCAACCGUCAUUUAUGAGCUAGGGAUAUCAGAUACUGCGCGGACCCAGUUGAUGACUAUGCCUCCAUACACAUUCGUAUUCGUCAUUCUGUUGACUCUUGGCUGGCUCAUUCACACCAAACGCCUCAAUCCAUGGGUUGCAGGUUUGGGUCUCGAAGCGGCUCAAAUUGUCUGCUAUAUUUUGCUUAUCACGAUCAGGAAUAAGGAGGCGAAGUAUAUCUUUGUCAUGAUUGCGACUGCUGCUUCGCAGAGUUUCUUUCCGAUUAUUUGGCCAGAGCGUAUUCGGGCUGCUCAUGGCACUACGACUGCAGGACUUGCAAUUGGGAUCACGAACUCGAUGGCACAGUUGAUGGGUAUCGUGGGCCCUCAAAUCUAUCAAUCAAAAUUCGGGCCAACCUACCGCGUAAGCUACAUCACGUCGAUUGGCUUACUUUGCGGUACCCUCAUCUCGCUGGUGCUCUCAUGGUACUUUGUCGCCAGGCAGGAUGAACAGACCAAAAUUUGA